AUGCUCACGAUGUUCAUUGGCAUGGAAUAUCAUGAAACCAUGGAACAGCACGGAGGUGCAUUGAUGAAAAUCCUCAAGGUCAGAGAAUACUUCGAAGCAUUGGGACUGGACAUUUGGGAUGCUUGGUCGUUCUUCAAGUUGUUGGACCACGGCGGGGAUGGCUCGGUGGACCUCGAAGAUUUCUUUGAUGGAUGCCUGCGCUUCCGGGGCCCUGCACGGGCCAUGGACAUGGGACGCAUCAUGCAGGAUCAGAGGCCACUCUGGGGAAGACGGGGAAGACGAUUCUUCUGGAGCUUCAUGAUGUCAUUCGUGUAG